ACCCCCCAUAACCCCCACCCUCGGGAGGACAGCAGGGGUGAGCCCCCCACGCCCCACAGGGCCUGAGGGCCAUUGGUCUGAGGGUCCAGGGGCCCUGUGCACCCAGCCCUGUCCCCAGGUUUCUGUUCCCACCCUCCAUGUCCCCGUGGCCCCCCACUCCUCAGCAGCCCCUGCUGUGCCCCUGCAGACACGGGUGACACCUGGAGGGGAGUUGAGGGGGAACUCGCCUUUCUGCAGGCUUGGGUGGUGGCCGUGCUGGGACAGGCAGUGGGGAGUGGGCAAGGGGGGGCACGGACACAGCUGUCACAGAUGUCCCACACACUCACACAGGUGUCUCACACACAUAGCACACACACACACACGGACACAGGUGUCACAGAUGUCCCACACACUCACACAGGUGUCUCACAUACAUACACACACACACACACACGGACACAGCUGUCACAGAUGUCCCACACACUCACACAGGUGUCUCACAUACAUACACACACACACACACACAUUUAUCACACACAGAACCCCAGGACAGUGAGAGUGGGAAGGGCCCUCUGGUGAUGAUCCAGCUCAACUCCUGCCCAGGCAGGGUCACCUGGAGCAGGUGACGCUUGUCCAGCUGGGUUAGGAUGUCUCCAUGGAGGGGACACCCUGCACCCUCCUGGGCAGCUGUCCCAGGGCUUGGCCUUUUUAUGAUGCAGGGAAGUUGUGCCUCAUGGUGAGCUCAGGACCUGACUCCUCGUCCUGCUACUGGGCACCACGGGGCUGGGUCUGGCACCAUCCCCGUAACCUGGGGAGGUCUGGGGUUGGUGGGAUCCCCCUCAGAUAUUUGUAUGGAUUGGUGCAAUCCCCUCAGGUAAGGGAUUAAUGUGGACGUGUGAGCAGCAGUCCAAAGCUCCACGUGGACUCAGGAGCCCUGGCAGCCCGUCAGACACAGAGGGGACAUUGCCAGGAGCAGGGGAAGAUUGAAAUGGCUCCAGGUAGUGCAGGUGACCCAGAGCGUGGUGUUUGGGGCAGGCAAAUGGGACAUGGAGCAGCAGGACAUGGCGUGGCAGCUCAAGCAGCAGGAUUUGUUGGAGUGCACAGCCACCCUCCUGACUGGUGAGCUCCCUUCAGGUGGGUAUUGGUUUUUUCCCUUGUCCAACUUGAUUAGACCCAGCAGCAGUUCACACACUGACAAAAGGCAUUGCUGGCAGGAGCAGGGAGAGGCAGACAGAGCUUGCCAGGAAGCACCAGGUUGCAGGGAGUGUGUGAGCCUACUGUUACUGCUGGAGGACAGUGGGAACAGCACUCCAUGUGGUGUGAACAGGUGGAGAUCUUACAGAGGAGGUGGGGAGGCUGAGGAUUAUCAAGGAAUGCCAAGGAGAAACAGACUGGUGGAGUUGCAUCCUAUCAUCCAGAAGAAAAACGCAGUGCGUGAAAGCUCAGUAAGAGUCAGAGUAGCCCUGACCCUCUUGCCAUCAGGCAGGAAGAGACCUAAAAGCUGGGGAAUGGAAACAGGUCCCUGCUUAGGGAGGUAGCAGAAUUCCCUCCUGGCUUCCCUUGCCUUCCCAGGUGCCCUUACAGAACCGAUACGAGGUCCUGGAUUUUGAGGGUCAGACAGUUGAGAGAAGAAAGUCUACUUGGUGGGUCUCCCAGAUCAGUGCAGUCAGUGAGACAGAUCAGAACUACAGGUAUUAAGGAAAGAAGAAGGGUAGUUGUAGGGGGUGAUUUACUUCUGAGGGGGGCCGAGGACCCUGCAUGCCAACCAGAGACAUCCCACAGGGAAGCCUGCUGCCUCCUGAGGCACAGGCAGGGGACACUGCUGAGAGACUCCCUGCACUAAUUCAGCCCCACCACUUGCUGCCCAUUGCUCAUUGUCCUGAUGAGAAAAGUACCAGGGUAACAAAAAAGGACUUCAAGGCACUGGGUUGCCUGGUUGAAGGGACAAGAGCACAAGGUACAAGAGGUGGUGGUCUUGUUUCAUUUGGUAGUAGGGAUGAAUGCCAAAAUGAACGGGAAAACCCAUGGGAUCAAAAAUUAGCUUAAAGACUGGUGCCAUUGGUGGAAUUUUGGGUUUUUUGAACAUGAGGUGGUUUGUAUAGCACCAGGCUGGAGAUAGAUGGGGUUCACCUCUAGAAGAGGCAAAAGGGUUUCAAUCUGUGAUUUGGCAGGGCUGAUUGAGAGGGCUUUAAACAAGGUUUGAAGGGAGAGGGGGAUGAGAGCACACUCACUAGAGAUGAAGCUGGGGGCAGCAGGCCAGUGCUGGGGAGAAAUUGAUAGCACAGCUAAAGUGCAUCUGUACCAAUGCAGCAGCGUGGGCAACACAGGAGGAGCUGGAGGCCACGGUGCAGCAGCAAAGCUAUGAUGUAGUUGCUGUCAUGGAACUGUGAGGAGAUGACUCCAUGACUGGAAUGCUGCAAUGGAUGGCUCCAAGCUCUUCAGAAGGGACAGGCAAGGCAUGAGAGGUGGUGUGAUGACUCUGUACGUUCGGGAGGGUUUUGGCUGUCUGGAGCUUAGUGGCAGUGAUGAAAAGGUCAACUGAUUAUAGGUGAGAAUCAAGGGGAAUGGAAGGCUGGCAAGGCAGAUAUCCUGGUGGGGGUCUGUUCUAGACCACCAACCAGGAUGAAGAGGCAGAUUAAUUAUUCUAUAAAGUGCCGGCUGAUGUUUGGUGGUUGCCAGUUCUUGUUCUUGUGGGAGUCUAACUUGAUGGAUGUCUGCUGGAAGCAACACAGUGGAGAGGAGACAGUCUGAGAGGUUCCUGAAAUGUGUGGAAGAGAACUGACUCAGCAGCUGAGCAGCCCACCAAGGGUGGGGCCCCACUGGACCUGCUGUUUGCAGACUGAGGGGCUGCUGGAAGGUGUGGAGGUCGGAGCCAUCUUGGGCACAGUGACCAUGAAAUUAAGGAGUUUUCAAUCCUUGGUCAAGUAACAAGGUGCGUCAACAAAACCUCUGCCCUGGACUGUCAGAGGGUGAAUUUCAGCCAGUUUGGAACACUGAUUUGGACAGUCCCUUGGGAAGCAGCCCUUAAAAACAAAGGGUCCCAGGAAGGCUGGGCAUGCAUCAAGAAGGAAAACUUUAAGGUGCGGGAGCAGCCUGUCCCUGUGUGCCUGAAAUGAGCUGGUGGGGAAGAAAUUAUCUCCCUGAACUUGGCAUUGGUGAGGACACACCUCAAGUACUGUGUCCAGUUCUUAGCCCCUCUGUUCAAGAAGGAUAGGGCUGGAGUCCAGAGAAGACAACAUAGCUGGGAAGGCUCUAGAGGGUGAAUCCUAUGAGGAGCAGCGGAGGGAACUGGAGAGGCUCAGCCUGGAGAAAAGGAGGCUCAGGGGAAACCUCAUUCUCCAAAACCCGGACAAGGGAGCCAGGGGAGGCUCAGCCUCCCAGGGAGCAAAGGACAGGACAAGAGGGAGCAGCCUCAACUUAUGCCAGAAGAGGUUCAGGUUGGACUUCAAGAAAAAAAUCUUCAUGGAAAGGUGGUGGUCAGGCAUUGGAAGGGGCUGCCCCAUGGAGUCCCAGUCCUUGGAGGUGUCCAAGGAACAACUGAACGUAGCACUCAGUGGUCUGGUCUGGUUGACAAGGUGGGGAGACCAGGCAUGGGUUGGACUCAAUGGUCUGGGAGGGCUUCUCCAGUGUAAUUGGUUCUGUGGUUCUGCGUGAUUCUGUGAUUUGAGAUAUUUAUAUGGAUUGAUGGAAUCCACUCUCAGCCUUCUCCAGACUAAGCAGGCCAACCUCUGCAGUCUCUCCUCAUCAACAGACAUGCUCCAGACCCUGAAUCAUUUUUGUGGUCUCCUUGACCCUCCAGCAGCUCCUUGUCUUUCCUGAGUUGUGGAGCCCAGAGCAGCCUCACGUGGGCAGGGCAGAGGGGCAGGAUCGCUCCCCCUGCCCUGCUGGCCACACGUUGUCCAACACCUCUGUGAUGUCCCACCCAAAGGGAAAGGGAGAACCUGGGAUCACAGAUGCGCAGGGAGAAUUUAAUAUCUUUGUCAAUGACAAGGAUGAAGGGAGGGAGCACCCUCAGCAGGUUUGCAGGUGACACCAUGCUGAGUGGGGCAGGUUGCCCCUUGAGGGACCUGGACAGGCCCAAGGGGUGGCCUGUGGGAGCCUCAUGAGGUUUGACAAGACCAAGUGCAGAUGCUGCGCCUGGGACAACCUUUGGAAUCCAUCCAGGCUUGGAAUGAGCAGAUGGAGGAGCCCUGGGAGAAGGAUUUGGGUGUGCUGGUGGAUGAGGGGCUGGACAUGACCCAGCCUAAAACCCUCCUGUCCUGGGCUCAUCCUAUAGCAUGGGCAGCCUGGGAUUCUCUUGGAUUGUGCUGUGUGAGGGAGAUCAGGCAUGCUGACUGCCUUCCACCCAGAGAGCAGCAACUGUAUUUUGCCCUAUAAUUUCAUACUGUUAUCUUUUUACCCUCAGCCAUCCUCCCACAAAAUCCUUCAAGAAAUUAUAGAGGAAAAAAAAUGUAAACUUUCAUUUCUCCAGGUAUUUAAUCAAAGUCAGAUGCCUUCCUGAAAUGGAUGCAAAUAAACAUAUGUAAAAGGUGAAUGUAGGUGAAUUAGCAGAGCACUGCUGUUUUGCAGUAAGGAUCACCACAUUUAAAAUAUUCAUUCAGGGUGGGAAGAAGGGUUGACAGGCUGAGAGAGUUGUGGCUGGUCAGCCUGGAGAACAGAAGGUUCCAGGGAGACUUUGGUGCCCCUUCCAGUACUUCAGGGGGCUUAGAAAAACUCUGGAGGGGUACUUUGGACAAGAGCGUGCAGCGAUAGGACACAAGAAAAAUGGCCUUAAGCUGAAGGUGGGCAGAGUUAGAUUAGGCAUUAGGAAGGAAUUCCUGACUGUGAGGGUGGGCAGGCCUGGCACAGGGUGCCCGGAGCAGCUGUGGCUGCACCUGUAUCCCUGGCAGUGCCCAAGGCCAGGCUGGACAGGGCUUGGAGCAACCUGGAAUAGUGGAUGGUGUCCCUGCCCAUGAUUGGGGUGGCACUGGGUGGUCAUUAAAGUCCCUUCCACCCAGACCAUUCCAUAUCUCUAUGACUCUGUGCUGCCCCUCCCUGCCAUGCCCAGCACUCAGAACUGUCCCCUUUGUGACAGCAUCCCUGGCCCGGGCACUGUGAGCAUCACGAAGGCUGUGGGGGCUGUGGUGGAGCCGCACUAGAGGUGCCACCUUGGUUCUGGCUGUGCCACCUGUGCUGGCACCGAUGGCUCUUCUGCAGCUGCUCGUCCUGCUGGCCCUGACCGGGCCCGUGUGGGGCUCCUGGGACACCUGCAGAGGCACCUGUGGGCUCCGGCCCUUGGCUUCCGACCACAGCUCUUCAGAUCUCGACUACAACUCCAUGAUUUCGGCUGCUGACCUGUCCCGUGUUGUGGCUGGCACGGGUGUCCAGCCAGGGGCCUGGCCCGGCAUCGUCAGCAUCCAGGCCACCUGGGAGAACGGCACGUGGCACAUGUGCUCGGGUGUCCUCCUCAGCUCCCAGUGGGUGCUCACGGUCGCACACUGCUUCGCCAGGGCCGGGGGCAUCUCCAUGUGGGAAGUGGUGAUCGGGGCCUCGGAUCUGAGCCAGCCGGGCCCCGAGGCCGCAGUGAGACACAUCCAGAGGCUCCUGGUGCACCAGCACUACGUGCCUGCCACGGCCAGGAACGACAUCGCCCUGGUGGAGCUGGACCGGCCCGUGGAGUGCAGCGACUACAUCCAGCUGGGCUGCGUGCCCGACGCCUCCAUCAGGGUCUCGGAGCUGAAAUCCUGCUACAUCGCCGGCUGGAACUUUGUCAGAGGUGAGCUCCCAACGGGAUGUGUGCUUGAGGGUGAGCUGGGCACCCCGGGGGCACAGACAGGGACACAGACUGGGCACCCCGGGGACACGGACUGGGCACAGACAGGGACACGGACUGGGCACAGACAGGGACACAGACUGGGCACCCCGGGGACACGGACUGGGCACAGACAGGGACAUGGACUGGGCACCCCGGGGACACAGACUGGGCACAGACAGGGACAUGGACUGGGCACCCCGGGGACACAGACUGGGCACCCUGGGGACACGGACUGGGCACAGACAGGGACACGGACUGGGCACAGACAAGGACACGGACUGGGCACCCCGGGGACACAGACUGGGCACAGACGGGGACACAGACUGGGCACAGACAGGGACACAGACUGGGCACAGACAAGGACACGGACUGGGCACCCCGGGGACACAGACUGGGCACAGACAGGGACACAGACUGGGCACAGACGGGGACACAGACUGGGCACCCCAGGGACACGGACUGGGCACAGACAGGGACACAGACUGGGCACAGACAAGGACACGGACUGGGCACCCCAGGGACACGGAUUAGGCACAGACAGGGACACAGACUGGGCACAGACAGGGACACAGACUGGGCACCCCGGGGACACAGACUGGGCACAGACAAGGACACGGACUGGGCACCCCGGGGACACAGACUGGGCACAGACAGGGACACAGACUGGGCACCCCGGGGACACGGACUGGGCACAGACAAGGACACGGACUGGGCACAGACAGGGACAUGGACUGGGCACAGACAGGGACACAGACUGAGCACCCCGGGGACACAGACUGGGCACCCCGGGGACACGGACUGGGCACAGACAGGGCCCGGCUGCAGGACGUCAGCGGGGCCGGGCUCAGAGCAGCCCAGGCUGGGGAAGGAGUCCCUGCCAAGACCGGGCAUGGAACGGAAUGAGCUGUAAGGUCCCUCUCACCCAAACCAUUCCUGCUGGCCCUGUGAAGCCUCGGGAGAGAUGGAUCUGGCUCCUCCCCCUGCCAACAGCAGGGACACAGCUGGGCAGCAUCGCCGAGUUGGGGAAGGGGCAGAGACACAGCUGGGCAGCAUCACUGGGUGGGGAAGGGGCAAGGACACAGCUGGGCAGCAUUGCUGCGUGGGGAAUGGGCAGGGACAGGCCCGGGAAGGGGGUUCACCCCAGGCAGGGAAGGGGAUGGGUACCAAGCUGCUGGGGGCUCAUUC